CCAAAAGUCUGGCCGAUAGUGUCAAAAUGUAGGGUUGGGAGGUCUUCCACCCUAAUCGGAAACCCUGAUCACAUACCAACAUUCGAAUGUGCGCACACGGCAAACGAGCGUUUAUUGUAUUGUUCAGGUGAAAUACGCAGUUGUUUAUGGAGUGCGACAACGAAGACCGUAUACACAUCGUUUUUAUGAGAGUCGAAGAGAAAUUCGGCAAGUAAAACAUGAACAGAGUUUGGCAUCUGCAGCAGCACUAGAUAAUGCUCUUGAUAAUCUUGAUGAAGAGGAUGAUGAUGAUCAAAGUUCUACUCAUCGAACAAGUGUUACUAAUUUUAAUGCUCAACUUAGUGAUACUAUCAACAAGAACACAGAAGCUCAAAUUUUAUCACAACUGGAUGAGUUGCGUCUCAAGUUCGACCAAGGUGACAUUUCAUUCGGUGAAUAUUUGUCUGAACUGAAAAAAAUUGUUGAUGCUCAAAAAAUACAUUAA